GAGGAAAGAGAGACGCUAGUGUUGUGGGUGCGCUUCCUCUAACGCGCGAGAAGGCAGAGAAAACAGCACAAGCUCCGCGUGUCGACGCUCAGGAUCAACAUGAAAACAAACCAUGACAUUUCACUUUAUUUCAUCCAAACGUCAACUUAACUACUGGAUUGAUUUUAAUGAAUUCCCGUAGACGCUCUUGUGUAGCAAAAGUUUGCCAAGCGGAAGUUCGCGUGGUAGGAAAUCUGAAAAAAGUCGACAAGACUGAAAUUCACCACUUUAUUGUUUAUUUUGCUUCGGAGCGGGAUAGUAUUUUAAAAAAAAUGGACACUCACGUUAAGGAGGGACAACUUUAUGUCCAACACCAGAAGUUUGGGAAGAAUGUCCUUAUCAGAUAUGUCAGUUAUGUUCAAAAGAAACAGGGCUUCUGUCUGUACAAUGGCCAGCUUUUGACAUUGUGUGCUGGUCAGUUGCUGUGACUCUGGAGUGAAUCUAUGGAGUAAUCUGUGUAUAAAUGGUAGAAAAAGAAAUGGAAGAAGAACUGGUUCGUACUCUACCCAGCCAGUCAAAACGGCAUUGCACGGCUAGAGUUUUAUGAUUGUUCAGGCAGCUCCAGCGAUAAACCCAGCACUAAGAAAAUGGACAAGAAGAUAAUUCGUCUCUCAGAAUGCAUCAGCAUACUCCCUGCUGUCACUGAAACCUGCCUCAAAGAAAACAUGUGUGCCUUCUGUGUUGAGACCAAUGACAAGACUUAUGUCUUUGCAGCAGAGAAACACAUUACCAAUGAGUGGGUGGAGAAGAUGUGUGAAAUCGCUUUUCAGGGAGGAAGUCCUUCUCUUGGUAGUUCUGAUUCCAAUGGACAGCAAAAGCUUCAAAUGGCAGAAAAUCUAAUUUAUUACUCCAGAGAAGAAGUUAAUGAAUUUUGGGUGAGUGUCCAGAGGACAGAAGCAUCAGAGCGCUGUGGUCUCUCUGGAAAUUACUGGCUUAGGGCUAAUAUAGACUGCCUUAUCCUAAAGGAGCCCAAGACUAAAAAGGAUUUGCUGGUAUGGCCCUACAAACUCCUCCGUCGCUAUGGAAGAGACCGGGUUAUGUUCUCUUUUGAUGCUGGGCGACGCUGUGAAUCUGGGCCAGGGAACUUUACCUUCGAGACAAAGCAGGGAAAUGAGAUAUUCCACAUUAUUGAAGAAUCCAUUCGUGAGCAUAAAGCCCAAGGUGAAGAGCGACACCAAAGCUGUCCAUCAUUAGAUGGUGACUGCCCAUCUCUCCUGCAAAUUCGUGCUGCAGUUUCAGAGGGAAACAGUCGUGAACCAGAUGGAGAUUCUGGUGGCAGCAAGCCUGGAUCGGCAGAUGGAGUCUUUGGUCGAAAGGAAAACGAUGGGAAAAAUGUAAAAGGCCGAAGCCUCCCAGAGCCUCCAGCUCCAGUUGGUGGGACACCACCACGAUCUCCCAUGCCUCGUGGAUCCAAAAGUGGACAACCGUUAGAGGACCAGGGGAGCCUGUACUCUGAGCCUGCCGACUCAGUCCGUCCGCCACCCAGUUUAGGAGAGUGUCUGUACUCUGACCCGGUGGAUAGUAUCAAAACUGUCAUACCUACUCCCAGCCCACGCCUCAGGCCAUCUGGCGACGAGGGGAUCCGCCACCAGGGCACCAAGCUUGAACCAUUCUACGCAGACGUUUAUGAUCAGGUUAGUCUGGAAUUGUUGCGGAGGACAGGGGCAUUGGGACUUGAUGGGCGAAGCAGGCACCCUGCAGAUGGUGGUCCAACAGAGCACAUUUAUGAUGAGCCAGAGGGACGGGCAGGACCUCCAACUACACAGGCUAUUAGCACGCUUUACGACGAAGCGUGGUUGGACACACAUCCCUGGAGAACCAGGGGAUUGGAGGAGCCUCAAGGUCAUGAGGUGGCCUACAAUCCAAAUGUGGAUGAUUAUUCAGUCCCUCAUUUGGGCAAAGCUCACCAACCAUUGCCUGUGCCCAGACUUAAAGGCCCCAAGCCUGUCACAGCACCAAAGCCAAGCAAAGUAGUACUGCCCAAAAAAGAUCCUCCACCACUGCCUCAAUGUAAGGGCAGUGCUAACCUGAACAACAAUAACAGUGGCAACAGCCAGGGGUUGACAGGGGUUGUCAUUGACUGUAGGGCUGGAGGAGUUAGUAGAAGAGGUGGUGGUGCUGAAAGGGCAGGUAACAAUAUGGAGCUUUACAGUAAAGUUCCUAGACAUAGGAUUCCUGCAAAUGCUUGGCAUCCUACCAUGCAAACUCCAGACAUCAUCUAUGACAACUUGGGUGACAUUUGACCUAACCUUUGCAGACAUUAAAGCUGUCUGGUCUUUUUUUUUUUCUGAGCCCUUUAGAUGUAAAACCAUAGUUGGAGGAAAUAUGUCCAUGGUUCACAAGGGAGACAGUGGUGUUUCAUCAGUAAUUUAGUCACUGAUUGCAGCUGAUACCAAAAUUACUAUUGAGAGCUAGGGCUGUACAAACAUAAUGGUGGGGCUAGAGCUGUCUUUGCUGCAAUGGUGGACUAAAGAACUAUAGAAAACAGACCCCAACAUCUUUUAUGUGGAUAAUGUCCUUUGAAAGGGCCUGUACUGGAAUAUGCCACAUUUUGCUCUUAUCAAAUUCACAAAUUAGUCCUGUUUUGUAAAUCUGAGAUUGCAUGUCAAAAACUGUAAAAGAUUAUGAAGCAUAAUUUCCCCAUGCAGAAGUAUUGAGUGUUGAAGUCUAAAUGUUAUCUAAUAAAUCCAACUUAAUGGUUGAUGUGCAGUGACAAAAAGGUCAGUCACUGCACAAACAAACUUUGGAUAUUUUUGCAUGAAGAUUGUAGCAGAAAGGAUACUAAUCCGCUGCUGUGUGUGUGUGUGCGUGUGUGUCGGCAGCUGUGCUGUUGUUUAACAUGAUAAUAAAAUAUUAUAGUAAGAGAG